AAGAUGGUCUUCAAAAUUAUUUUCGUGGUCUUGUGUGUAAUGAAUUUUUCAAAAUCUGCCAUUCCUGAUUCGGACAAGAGUGUCACGAGGUUGAUUGAGGAUUAUGGUUAUUUAGUGGAAUCUCAUAAUAUUGUAACAAAAGAUGGAUAUAUUCUUGAAAUUCAUCGAAUUCCUGGAAUCCGAGGUGAAAAUAUUAAAAAUAAAAAAAAUGUCGUUUUAUUGAUGCAUGGUUUAUUAGGUAGUUCGGCUGAUUGGGUAUUAACUGGACCUAAUAGGUCACUAGCUUUUCUACUGGCAGAAAAUGGUUAUGAUGUUUGGUUAGGCAACAAUCGAGGCAACACUUUUGGCAAAAAUCACAAAUCAUAUUUGUCCACGAGUUUCGGCUUCUGGGACUUUAGCUGGCACGAACUCGGAAUUUACGAUUUACCUGCGACAAUAGACUAUAUUUUGAAAACUACCAAAAUUAGGAAUCUCAACUACGUCUGCUUCUCGCAAGGCUGCACACAAUUUUUAGUUAUGGGCUCUCUCAUGCCAGAAUAUAACAAAAAAAUUCGAUUCACAGCUGCAUUGGCACCGGCAAGUGCUUUAAAAAAUAUAAAAGGAGUCAUGACACUUGCAAGUCCUUUUAUUUCAUUUUCUAAGAUUCUUGUAGAGAAUUUAGGAUAUUUUGAGUUGAUACCAUCAUCUUCGUUAUUGAGGAUCUUCACAAAUUACGUUUGUAGAGAGAACAGUGGUUUGCAGAAUUUUUGUUAUCUUCUUAUAUUUAACAUAGUUGGAAACGGCCUGGAAGAAAUAGAUCGGGUCCAGUUUCCAGAUGUUUUUUCUUAUUUUCCGGCAGGAUGUUCCUGGAAGCAAGUUAUUCAUUACAUUUCUGACACGAAAGAGUAUUUUGGACAAUAUAAUUACGGUUUGAUGAAAAAUCUUCGUUUAUAUAAUUCCACGAUUCCGCCAGAAUAUCCACUGAAAAAUGUGAACGUACCCAUAGCUAUUUUUCAUGGACCUAAUGACUACUUAGUUCCUCCACAGGACGUUGCUAUUCUCGAAAAAAAACUGCCAAACGUCGUUGGAAGAUUUUUCGUAACUGAAAGGAAAUUGAACCACUUGGAUUUUAUGUUUGGAAGAAAUAUUCGACAUCUUGUUUAUAAUCGAGUAGUGCAAAUUAUAAAUUUAUUUAAAAUAGAUUAGACUUUAUUUCAGCCCUGAAAACGUGCCCUUUAAGGCUAAAAGUUGAGUACAAUAAUAGGAAUAUAUUUGUUGUAAUAAAUUUUUAA